UGAUGAUCAAUUCUGGUUCAGCAUUGAGGAAACAGGUUUUUCCAAUUGAUUUCGAAACUGAAAUGUCACAGCUUCUUGUAGAUGCUGCUCAUCACGGUCACACAGAUACUGCUAUGGAAUGUCUAGCCAAUUCAUCAGUGGAUGUUAACUUUAUUGGAACCACAAUGUUGAAGUCCAAAACUACUGAGAUUUCGCUUCAUGAUGAAUCGCCUCAUCGAGUUAACUCCGUGUAUGAAGAAUUCAAAACUGAAGUUACUGCUCUGUUUUUGGCUGCACAUUCAGGAAACUUGACUCUCGUUCGUAAACUAAUGAAUGUGGGAGCUAAUGUGAAUGUGAGAUUGUUCCGUGGCUAUGCGACAACCGCAGCGGUGAGGGAAGGUCACCUUAAUGUAUUGGAGGUUCUUAUCAAUGGUGGAGCUUCACAGCUUGCAUGUGAAGAGGCUUUACUCGAAUCAAGCUAUGUCGGACGGGCUAGAUUUGCUGAGGUGCUUAUGCAGUCCAAUAUGAUCCGUCCUCACGUUGCAGUUCACGCACUUGUCUCGGCUUGUUGCAGAGGAUUCGUUGAGGUUGUUGAUGUACUCAUCAAGCAAGGAGUAGAUAUCAAUGCAAUCGAUAGGAUUUUGCUUCAAUCUUCAAAGCCAUUUCUUCACACUAAUGUUGAUUGCAAUGCAUUAUUUGCUGCUGUGGUCAGCCGGCAGAUAAAUGUUGUUAAACUACUGUUGGAAGUUGGUGUAAGACUUGAUAUCAAGGUGAAAUUAGGAGCUUGGUCUUGGGAAACAGAUACAGGAGAAGAAUUUCGCGUUGGUGUCGGACUAGCCGAGCCUUAUCCAAUCACAUGGUGUGCUGUAGAAUAUUUUGAAUCCACUGGCACUAUACUCAACAUGCUUCUCCACCACCUCUCACCUAAUACUUUUCACAUUGGAAGAACUCUCUUGCACCACACCAUCAUUUGCAACAAUGAAAGAGCAUUGAACGUACUUCUGAAUAAUGGGGUUGAUACAGAAUUAGCACUUCAAACUACUGAAGAAACCAAUCUACACCCUAUUCACAUGGCUGCCCGCCUUGGAUUAUACAACAUUCUUCAAUGUUUGAUUAAUGGUAACUGUAAUUUGGACUCACAAACAAAAUUUGGUGACACGGCCUUACUGAUUUGUACAAGGUAUAAACAUGAGAAGUGUUUAAGAGUUUUAGUAUCAUCAGGAGCUGAUUUGGGGAUAGUAAAUUCAUUCGGUCAUUGUGCAACUUCAACAGCAAUUUCUACUCACUGGAAAGAAUAUCAGAAAGCAGUUCUGGAUAUAAUUAGAGCCGGAAAGUUUAUUAAAUCUAGCAAUGCGUCUAGAUUUUCAGCUUUGUUAUUUGCCACUCGCGCGAACGACAUAGAUGCUUUGAAAAAACUCGUUGAAAACAGAAACAUAAAUCUAGAUGAGCAAAAUGAGAAUGGAUUUUCAGCUGUCAUGAUAUCUGCUUCAGAGGGUAACGUGGAGGCUUUCAAGUUGCUUCUUCAUGCAGGAGCUGAUGUAACCAAUCUUAAAAACAAAGAUGGUUUAACAGCUCUUGAUAUCAUAGAUUUGAAACAAAAUGGUGAAAAUGUUCAUAAGGUGAUGUUUGAAUAUGCAUUUAAAAAGGGAUGUUUGAGUAUUAGUACUUUAGCCGAGGCGAAUCCUCUUCACCGUGCAGCUUGUUAUGGAGAUAUAAACAUGGUUGAAAAGCUACUAAAAGAAAGGAAUUAUGAUGUGAAUGGUUUUGAUGAAAAUGGAUAUACACCAUUGAUGUUAGCUGCUAGAGAAAGUAAUGGAGAAAUGUGUGGCCUUUUGAUAUCUCAUGGAGCAAAAUGUGAUAUUAAGAAUGAAAGACAUGAAACAGCACUUUUACUUGCAAGAGAAGGUAACAGGAAAGGAAAUGAUGCAGAGAAUGUGAUAAUGGAUGAGUUAGCUAGAAGAGUAGUAUUGUGCGGCGUGCGCGUGAAGAAACAUACAAAGUGUGGCAAAGGGUUGCCACAUAAGAAAAAAUUGGUAAUGGUUGGUGCUGCUGGAAUCUUACGUUGGGGGAAAUCGAAUAAGAGAAAUGUUGUUUGUAAAGAGGCUGAGGUUGGACCGAGUGAAAGAUUUCGAUGGAAUCGUAGGAAGAAGUUUGAUGUUGAUGAGGUUGGAAUGUUUCAUGUUGUUACAACAAAGAAUAAGGAGGUGCAUUUUGUUUGUGAAGGUGGGGUUGAAAUGGCUGAGUUGUGGGUUAGGGGGAUUAGAUUAGUAACAAGAGAAGCCAUUUUUGGUUCUAGGGCUAAUACUAGUUGA